CUUGAAUUUGUAGAAUCAGAAAAACUUGAUGAAAGCUUUUACUUGAUUCACUUUCUGUUACGAGAUUCAUAUAAUUACAAAAAUGUUAUGGUUUUCAGCAAUAGGAAAGGAUCCUCGUGGGGGAAUUAUAUUAUAAUUUAUAUGCACUGGUUCAUUUGUUUAUUCCAAUGUACUUGCUGUUAGGUUUUCUAUAUAAAGUUGGUAGAAAAUAUAGUUUUUAUUUUUCUUCUUAGGGAAAUUUUGGAUAUUAGUGUGAGGAAGAGAAUUUGAAAGCUUGGUAGGGAUGAAUCAACCCAAAAUUAAAGGAAGAGUGGGUAAAUACCAAGUGGGAAGGACCAUUGGAGAGGGAACCUUUGCUAAAGUGAAGUUCGCAAGAAAUUCUGAGACUGGGGAACCAGUGGCACUUAAGAUCCUUGAUAAAGACAAGGUUCUCAAGCACAAAAUGGCUGAACAGAUUAAGCGGGAAAUAGCAACAAUGAAGCUGAUAAAGCACCCAAAUGUCAUCCGUUUACACGAGGUGAUGGCAAGCAAGACAAAGAUAUUUAUAGUUUUGGAGUUCGUCACCGGGGGAGAGCUCUUUGAUAAAAUUGUAAAUCAUGGUCGGAUGAUAGAAAACGAGGCACGAAGAUACUUUCAGCAACUCAUCAAUGCUGUUGAUUACUGCCAUAGCAGGGGUGUCUACCAUAGGGACCUCAAGCCUGAAAAUCUGCUGUUGGAUGCAUAUGGUAAUCUCAAAGUUUCGGAUUUCGGAUUAAGUGCACUGUCCCGGCAAGUCAGGGAUGAUGGUCUCUUUCACACUGCCUGUGGAACACCGAAUUAUGUCGCUCCCGAGGUCCUUGAUGAUCAAGGCUAUGAUGGGGCAAUGGCGGAUCUCUGGUCGUGUGGCGUCAUUCUCUUUGUAUUGCUCGCCGGAUACUUGCCUUUUGAUGAUUCUAAUCUUAUCGACCUAUACAGAAAGAUUUCAGUAGCUGAAUUCACUUGCCCCCCUUGGCUAUCUUUGAGUGCAAUGAAAUUGAUAACUCGAAUCUUGGACCCGAACCCCAUGACUCGCAUUACCAUUCCGGAAAUUUUGCAGGAUGAAUGGUUUAAGAAAGGUUAUAAACCCCCGGUGUUCGAGGAGAAAGAUGAUACGAACUUAGAUGAUGUCGAAGCUGUUUUCAAGGACUCUGAAGAGCACCAUGUAAUGGAAAAGAGAAAAGAAGAAGAAGAACAACCAACAACUAUGAAUGCUUUCGAGUUAAUUUCCAUGUCGAAAGGGUUAAACCUCGAGAAUCUGUUUGAUGCAGAACAGGGAUUCAAGCGAGAAACCAGAUUUACGUCUAAAUGUCCGGCUAAUGAGAUUAUCCAUAAGAUCGAAGCCGCUGCAAAGCCUCUCGGCUUCGAUGUCCACAAGAAAAACUACAAGAUGAGACUCGAGAGUUCAAAAGCCGGAAGGAAAGGAAACCUUAACGUGGCGACGGAGAUAUUUCAAAUGGCACCUUCUUUACAUAUGGUCGAGUUGCGGAAAGCAAAGGGGGACACAUUGGAAUUCCAUAAGAGAUUAUAUUUUGGUAGCCAUUGAAACAUUCAGUUGUUUUUUGGUUGCUCUGCAGUUCUACAAAAACCUUUCAACAUGUCUUGAAGAUGUUGUGUGGAAAACUGAGGAGGACAUGAAAGAAGUGAACUAAACAACUCGUUCAAUCUUUCCCAUGUUUCCCAACUGUAAUAUGAUUUUGAUAUUUUGUUCCCACUGUUCUUUGAUGUUCCUCAAUGGCUCUCCCCUAUCAUCCUUCUUUUGAAUUUAAAAGUAACCCCCCCCCCCUUUUUUUGGUUGCGGGGUGGGAAUUGGGAUUGUUUUCUUCUUUUUAGGACAAUUAAACAUCCAUAGAUCUUCCUAUUGUUUUCUUUGAUUUUAGUGUUGGAACUUGGAAAACUUGGAGGAUUCCCAUGGAUAUGGAAAGCAGGGUUUUUGUUUA